UGCGCUUUCGCGGGGAUUUCAUGAUUACAGACUUUCGGCCGGAAAAAAUGAUUACAGGAGUAUUUUGUUAGCCGCGCCCGGUUAUAAAUAAAUCUUUAAAAUUAUAUUAUUCAGGAAAGUAUUCACAUGAUCAGUUAUACAAUUACAUAAAUCAUAGGAGCAAGAUGCAGUCUGACGAAGAGUUUAAUCAAAUCUGUAAGCAGCUUGAGAUCUCGGUUGAGUUAUCACGCAAAGCUCAACUCAUCUGGAAAGACUGGAUGGACUGUUCAUGUGUGGAACUCAAAGUUCAACCAGUCUCAUGGAUUCCUUGUGCCAUAUAUGUCACUGUGAUUGAGUAUUGCGAACAAGGAAGUCAAGGUGGACCUACAUUAUCAAUCACUCAGAUAUUGGAAAUAUCAAACAUGAAUAUUGUAAUGUUCUUUAAAAAAAUGAAUACGUUGAAAGCUGAACAUAUGCUAAGCCGCGUUGUGAUUGACCACCUCCUAAAGGCAGAGCAGAAGUACUGUAUAGCAAUUGCACUAUUUCAAAAGAUGGAACGUAUUUUCCGGGACGUUUUCCAGAGUCAGGAUGCAAUGGAUAACAACUAUGCAAAUCGUGAACUUCUGUCUUCUCAACUCAUCAAGCACACCGAGCUGUGUUGGACAAUGUUUAUCCUUACUAAAGGCUCGCUGUUUGACAACUGCAAUGACCUGCUGACCUCAUUUCAACUGAUGGUUGGCUGUAUCGACCAUGUCAUAAAACAAGUUCCAGUGUUCUUACUACGAGAACGUUUUAGUACCCGACCCUCAAACCUCCCACAGUCUUCAGAGCCAUCAAGUGUGCUGCGUAUUCUUUGUGAGCAUGUCAACUGUGUGCAAGAUUACCAAGAUGUGGCCAACAUGCAGAUGCAUCAUCUUCUACCAUUCCUUGACACACUGGAAAAAAAGAAGGCUGAGGAUGCUUAUGCUGAGUUAACAGAGAUAGCUUUCCUGCAACGGCAAUACCAGGAAGUAUACAAGUCAACAAAGGACAUUGAUGAACUCCACUUUUUAUUGCGGAAAAGCUAUCUGUUUCCUGAAAAACCUCGCCCUCCACUCACUCCGCCAGACUCUACAGCCAGGUACUCAAGAGAUGUAGAGACUCCAGUUAAGAGAGCCAUUAACACAAUCCAGGGGUUGAAGAACCUUCUCAACAGCUGUAGUGCAUCUCCUUCACCUAAACUUCUUCAGUACUUUAAGCAAUGUCAAAAAGAUCCUACAAGUGCUAUUAAACAACGGCUGUCUAACCUUGAGCGUGACUUUAUCCAAAAUUUUGCCUCCACCAUGGGUAUCCACAUGUACGAGGUUGCUAGGCAACGUUUCCAGAUAGGAUGUAAACUAUACUUUAGAGUCAUGGAAGCCAUGCUCACCAGUGAGGCUGAACGACUGAAACAAACCAAUUUCAGCAAGUUACUUUGCAAUGAGACCUUUCAUAAAUCGCUCCUGGCUUGCUCACUGGAGGUUGUGCUUCUCACUUAUGGAACAUUGUUAUCCCCUUCGUUGAAUAACUUGAGCAACUAUGAAUGUAGUGUGAGUUUUCCAUGGAUUUUGGGUGUCUUCAAAAUUGAAGCCUAUGACUUUUGUAAGGUCAUUGAGACAUUUUUGAAGGAAGAAACUAAACUUACCAGAGAUGCUGUAAAACAUCUUCAGAAUGUAGAGGCCAUGAUCUUGGACAGCUUAGCUUGGAAGAGCGGGUCUCCUUUAUUCGACGCUAUGUCAAAUUAUGUCAGUGUAUCAACUACCUCACCUUUUGUACCGCCAAAUUCAGGAGAGCCUUGUACAACACCUAUACCAAAGAACACCGCAUCUGAAAUGUUCCAAUCCCCGUUGAAGCCCAGUACUAAAGUGGGAGAGGGCACGCCCACUCGCUCUUUUUGCGGAUCUGCUGGUAGCAGUACUGAGGACCAUUCCAUUUCACCAAAGUCCAGCAGUGCAGCAUGUUCCGCACGAGGAACCCGCUCACCUUCCCUUAAUGUUUACAUCACCAAAGUAUUACAUCUCGCUUACGAACGGCUUCAGGAACUCUGCACCAACCUGGACAUAGCUCCUGAUCUAAUUCUGAAAAUUUGGACCUGCUUAGAACAGUGUAUCCUCCACAAGCCGUUGUUACUCAAAGAUAGACAUUUAGAUCAGAUAAUGAUGUGCAGUAUCUAUGCAAUAUGUAAAGUAGUUGAGCAAGAGAAGAAGUUUAAGAACAUUGUUGCUGUCUACAGGAUGCAGCCGCAUGCUUCUCAGACGGUGUAUAAACAAGUCCUGGUGGAAGAGGGUGAAUUUGAUUCCAUCAUUUCUUUCUACAACCGAAUAUUCAUGCCAUCUCUGAAGACAUUUGUUCUUCAAUUCCAGCCCUCCCGGCAGUCUACUCCAAAUUUAUCGCCAGUACCAUCACGGUCCAGAACAGCAUCUCAAGGACCUCAAGUUUAUGUUGUCCCAGGCAAAAGCAAUCUGUAUAUCUCUCCAAUGAAAGACUCCCCUUUCAAGAGCCCACUUCCUAUAGACCACUUACAGAUGACACCAACAUCCAAGCUCCUCUACAAUUUUGGUGAAAGCGGGCCAGAGAGCACAGAAAAGCUUCGGCAGAUUAAUGAAGUUGUUCAAGGACGUGGAAGAGACAAGUCAGGAUCAAGCUCACAAAAAAGGCUCAAAUUUGAAGUAGAUUUGGAGGAAAGCUCUGAAGAUGCUAACAAAAAUAAUAUGCAACAGAACAAUAGUUCAAGCGGCAAGGGCCCUGCCAUGCCAUCAUCAGCUAAUCUCCGUCUUCCAGACAGUAUGGUUGAACUCACUGCAGUCUUGAAGCGAAGAGUGUCCGAGUUGGAGGCAGACAUGAAGGAGGAACCAAAGAUAAAACGAGAAAAAUUUGAAGAAAAUUAAAAAGGAAAUUUCAGCAAUCACCAAUGAAUUAAGCUUUAAAAGCUGUUUGUAUGAUUUUAAAAAAUAUUAAGUUAAUGUUUGAUACACAGCAUUUUAAUGAGCGAUACAUGCCCUUGUUGGCAGACAUAUUAAUACGUGUUAUACAGCCAGGGUGUGUCGAACAUGUUAAUAUGUGAUGCAUGGCCAGGUUAAGGCAUGUUACUGCGUGAUACAUAGCCAGGUUAAGAUAUGUUGAUGUGUGAUGCAUGGCCAGGUUGAGAUAUGUUAAUGUCUGAUACAUGGCCAUGGUAAGGCAUGUCAGUGCAUAAUAAAUUGCCAGUUUAAGACUUAAUGCACAAUACAUGGCCAGGUUAAGAUAUGUUAAUGCACGAUACAUGGCCAUGUUAAUGCAUGUCAUUGCAUGAUAUAUGGCCAGUUUAAGACAUGUUAAUGCCGCAAUAAACUGGCAGGUUAAGGUAUGUUGAUGCGUGAUACAUGGCCACGUUAAGCAUGUUAAUAUUUGAUGCAUGGCCAGGUUAAGGCAUGUUAGUGCAUGAUACACAGCCAGGUUAAGGCGAUUUAAUGUGUGACACCCUGCUAGGUUGAGGCAUGUUAUUGCUUGAUACACGGCCAUGUUAAUGUGUGUGCCUUAACCAGGUUAAGGCAUGUUAAUGCGUGAUACAAUUCUGGUUGCCAAAUUUGUUAAUGCGACGGCUAAACUGUGUCAUUUGCAUUAUUGAAUGAUACACUGUCUAUUUUACUAACUAUGACAAACAUGUUAAUGCAUGGUACAUGUUGAGGCACUGCAGGAUGCACUGGUAAUAUUAUAAUAUUAUUUACCAAAUAUUCUAAUGUGUGAUACCCGGCCAUUUUGAGGUAUGUCAAUCAUGUUAACAUGCGAUGAGACACGACCAAAUUGAGGUAUGUGGGUCACAUUAAUGCAUGAGACACGGCAAAGUAAAGGCAUGUCAUUCCUGUUACUUGAUGGUACACUUGCUUUAAUUUAAUUUCAUCAUUAUAUGCUAUCUUUGUACACAGCUAUGUUGUGGAAUUUCAGUCCAGUUUACUGUUUGAUAUUGAUGUUAUCAAUCAGUUUAAUAUAUGAUGUCUUGAAGAAUGUCAAUUGCAUUAAUGUGCAAUCGACUACCCCUGUAUAUCAAAUAUGAUAAUGUGUGUGUGAUACAGUGCAAGGUUGAGUCGUGUAAUUCAUGUUAAUUACACAAUGUAUGCCGAGUUAUCAAAUUUGCUAUUUCGUGAUGCACUCAAGUAUGACAUAUCACAAUAAUGUGCUAGACAUGUGAAGGUAAAGAUAUAUAAAGUCCGUAUUUAUUACAAGUAUUUAUGAUGUGAAUAUUAAUGUUAGAGGCUGAUAUUUGAGGGAAUAUUUGGCAGAUGUAAUCAUUUUAGGUCAGAAUUGGUUUUUGUUGUUGAUAGAAUUUGUGUGGUACAUUGUUAGAAAAACGUGUGUAAGUGCAUUGGUGAAUUAUGCUGCAUUGUUUGAAAUAUAGAAUGCAUAUCUUGGUGAAUUUACUGUACACUUUAGCUUGGUAUUGUACUGUUUGUCCCUGUUUGAUUGUUACUCUUAAAGUUAUUACAGUGUUUGCCUUCAUGGAUUUAAAUCUUUGUACAUAGAUUUCCUUGCAAAGAAGUAAGUCACAUGAUAACAGUUUUAUUCCAGCACAUUUUAAGGUUUUAAUAUUUGAUAAUUGAAUAGGUGAGUUUUCAGAAAUUUGUUUAAUUGGAAAAUUUAAUUGUAACUGUGUUUUUGGUAUCAGAUAUUCCUGCUUCCUGAUAGCUUGUGUGUGUUUGAUUCCUUAUAAGCGUGUUUGAUUCCUUAUAAGCCUGUUUUCCAUAAAAUUGCUGUCACUAAGCAUUUCCCAUUGCAAAUGCUCCAUUGACUGGUGUCAUCGAUACAAAGGAAAAGUUCUCUGAUUUGUUUCCAACAGAUCAGAACCUACUUGAGUGUUUCCGUAAAAUGGUUGCAGAGACCUCAACAGCUGUUGGCGAUUUACACCUACAGUAAUUUGGUUGAAAUCAAGCUGUAAAGAAGAGGCAUGAUUGCUAGUUUAAAAAAUGAAUACUUAAUUCUUUUUGUUCUAGAAGAAAUAUUCCUUACAGAAAGCAAAUGUUUGAUUCCUUCUGGAAGACAGGUAUUUGAUUUCUCAAAGGGAAGCAUAUGUAUUUCCUAAUACAGGUUUUAUUUAAAAAUUGUUUCCAUUCUUUUAAGAAAUUGAAUUGUGUAAAUUCUUAAGGAAGCAAAUGUUUGAAGACAGAUAUUUGAUUCCUUAAGGAAAGUAGAUCUAUUCCUUAAUGCAAAUUUAUUAUUCAAAAAAUGUUUAUGAAGUUGAGAUGUUUGAACUUAAUUAUUAUGCAAAUUAUAUUUAAUUGUAACCAUAGUAACCAAAUUUGUACACAAUUUCCUCUAAAUUAAUUGUUAAAUGCUAGACCAUGUCUUUGCUACUCAAUUGAUUUUUUUUUUAAUGAAGUCAUGUUAUUCUAUUAUUAGCAAUUUUGAUAGAAUUUUUUUUUUCAAACAAUUUCCGUGGAUGUUCGAUUCUGGAAAUUUAGCUUGAUUUCCUAAAUUUUCUUUUAG